GUUUGUUCUUUGUGUCCACUAAUAAUACAUUGGCCGUUGUGCCUACUAAUAAUACAUUGGACGUUGGAUUUAUUCUUGACGUUAGGUUUGUUCUUGGUGUAAUAAUACAUUGGACGUUGGAUUCAUUCUUGGUUCCCACUAAUAUAUUGAACGUUGGGUUAGUUCUUAAUGCCACUAAUACAUUGGACAUUGGAUUCAUUCUUGGUGCUUACUAA